AUUACUAAACCAUCUCCCUCACCAACUAUAUAAGUGCUCCUCCACCUAACUUGCUUCCUCCUGGGUUGUGCAACAUUCAAAGUUCAGAGAGAGAGGGAGUGAGAGAGAUAGGUACUCAGUUCUACAGUGGCAUAUCUCUGCACCAGACCUAGUAUUCUUUUGACAGGCAUUGCACUUCCACUCUAUCCAGUGUUGGGCUGCAAUUUUGUUUUAGCUUAAUUGAAACUACAUCUCCAUGUGUCCUCCAGCACGCGUCACUCCUCCUGAUAAUAUUGGUUUAUAUUGGACUGAUAAGGAGGUCUUUACGUGUUUGGAGAGAAUGAUACAGGGAGAAUCCUCUGUCCCUGCAAACGUGAUUAAAAACAUUAAUCCUUAUCAGCAGUUGCCCUCAAAUUUAAAUGAUGAAAAAUGGUACUUCAUACACUCAGAGCAGAAAAAAGAUUCGGAAUAUGGAUUUUGGAAGGCCAAAGGGGAUGCCGAUGCGAUAUAUACAGGCUCUUCCAUCAUUGGCUGGAGAACUACACUUGAAUUUUACGAAGGCCAAGCCCUUCAUGGACAAAGAACUGAUUGGGUGAUGCAAGAGUAUAGAAUUCCACAGAAGGGACUGUGCAGUAACCAUCCCCCGAAGGAAUCCAGUUUAUUAUGCAGAAUAUUUCUUAGCAGUGGAACAAGUCCAAACCAUGAAACGCAGCACAAACUGGGUGGUGCAGCAAUUGCUGGCAGUACCACUGGACAAGGUUGCAUGAGCGAGUCCCAGGCAAGGAACAAGGAUGGCUAUACCGGACCAUUGGCUGCAGCUGGGGAACUUCCACAUAGUUUUGUCGAAAACGUGGUUGAUGACUACUUGGAGUUGGAUGAUCUUCUUGGAGAACCAGAAUCGCGCUGUUCCAGUUUGGACAAUACAAGUUGCCUGACGUUGACAUCAGAUGAAUAUUUUGAUUCGUUGGCCCUCAUGCAGGAACUAGAAGAUGAAAUUGACCGAAAUAAGCAGCAGCAGGGGAAAAAUGCCAAUUUCAAGUUUUGCAUUGCUGCUGCUUCUGGCAAACCAAAUAAGGUGGUUAUGCAUCCAGCGACUUUAGGGUCUCUUAUCAGCAGCAAUGGAAGUAAGUUACCAGCUGAAGCUGAAAACAAGAAAUUGCCGGACAGAAAGAUCCCAGAGAGGGUGAUCAAAAUCGAGAAGACUCACGAUGGGAAAGAAGGUACAUCAAAAUCUCCUACAGUGGCAACAUCAUCAUCCGGUAGCCAUAAAGCAGUCACAGAAGGGGAAAAGAAGGCUCAAGCUGGCGUGACAAAAAAGCUGAAGAAGGACUACCUGCGUUUCAUGCCAUUUUAGAUUCUCUUUAUUUUGCUUUUACAUAUUUGAAAUAUAUAGAUAUAUAUAGAAGGAUUGAUGAUAUAUAUAUUUAGAUAGAGUUGUAGACUAAUUAGUCUAAAGUAAAAACAGAGGAAUAGAAUUGAUAGCCGAGGACUUGUAAUGGGGUGGGGGAUUUAUGUGGAUAUUCAUAGGAAUUGAGGUGAGGUAAAGAAGAGGUGAAUUGUAAAAAAGUGUGUGAAACUGAAUAAGACCGGAAUUUACAUUCAAGAUCUUUAUAUUAAUGUGAUAUAUUUAUUCUUUUU